AUGGCUUCUGCAGGCUACUUGCAGGUCAGUCUGAUCUGGGUGGCGUAUGCGGUCGCGGUCGCGCUCGCCCUCAUCGCUGCCACCGUCACGACCCUCAUCUGGCAGGCCCCUCGUGAAAGAUCUGCGAUCGUGACCAUCGUCGCCAUCAUCAGUCUUACCUCCCUCCUCGCGACGGUUCUGCUUCUUCCAGUAGACAUCGCCUUGAUUUCUGCAACGACCUCGACCUCGCUCGGUGCGAAGAAGGAUUGGGCGACUCCCCAGCGCGUCAAUAACAUCCUCUACACCCUAAAAGUCGUCUACUACUCACUGUACAGCUUCGAUGCUCUGCUGUGUCUCGUCAUCAUCCCAUUCUCGUAUUUCUGGUAUGAGGAAUACGAUGAGGUUGAGGAAGAGGAGGGCACCAGGGGCUUCGGUGCCAAGUUCUGGGGAGCCUUCAAAUACACAGUGGCCUUCAUCUUUCUCGUGGUGAUCCUCUUCCUGGUCGGCUUCUUCGUACCGGCUGCUGGAAAUAGGGUAGACCGCCAUCUCGACCUCGACUACUUCAAGAAGCUGCUGUCCGAGAAUAAAGGAGAGAAGGCCCUGACUUUUGGAUUGGGCCUUUUGGUGACUCUGGGAACGCUGAUUUAUAUUCUGUAUACUGGCGCUGGUUUAGCUCUGCUGCCGGUAUCAUGGAUCAAGUCAGCUCCGUCCAUCUCUGCCCCACAGCUGUCGGAAACGACAGAGUCUCAGCUGGAGAGCAACAGGGAGCGCCAACACCAACUGGACAUGCGCAACGCGGGAAACCCUGAGGGUAUGUCGGCCAAAGACCAGCGCGAGAUGGAGCUGCUCGUCCGCGAAGAGCAGACCUUGGUACGACGACAGAGGCUCGCUUCUGAGGCCCGUGGCGAGGGACAGAGCUGGAUAUACAAGGCCUGGCUGAAGGUUGAGGCUGUCUUCCGGCCUCUGAAGCUUAUUGGAGGCAUCCUACUACUGCUUCUUUCGGUCCUGAUCUGGAUCUCUAUGCUCAUAACUGGCAUAGACAAGGCCGCCAACUCCAUCUGCAAAUCACACUGCGGCUACAUCUUGGGGAAGAUCAAUGUCUUCCAACCCAUCAACUGGGUCUUUGUGCAGACAGCCAAGGCCUUCCCGGUCGACUACAUCCUCAUGGCCCUACUCAUCUUGUUUUUCUUUGGCAGUUCAAUCAAUGGCCUCGCGGCUAUCGGCAUUCGGUUUCUAUGGAUCCGUAUUUUCCAGAUUAAGAAGGGUAGGACCCUUCCGCAAGCCCUCCUGAUUGCAACCGUCAUGCUGGCGCUCAUCAUCCUCGCCAUCAACUAUUCGAUUUUCGCCAUGGUUGCACCUCAAUACUCAACCUAUGGCACCCAAGUCUUUUGCGACAACCCACCCCGCCACCCAGGUGAUCAACCUGAUUGUUCUGGCCUGCGCGACUUGAUCAAGCCUUGUUCCGAGCUGGCAGACAGCCAGGCCGCGCACACGGUGUGCACGCCCUCCGUGAUGUCGACUUUCUUGAACCGCGUGGCACUUAACUGGCCGGUCUUCGGCGCCAUCGAUUUCUGGGCGCAAUUUGCCUUCCUUGGCGUCUUCCUCAUCGUUUUCGUGACGAGCCUGUUCCGCGCCCCCAAAUUGAACUACGCAGAGAUCGAUGAGGAAGCAGAGGAGGAUGAGGAAGAGGGCCUUCUGGCGAGCACAGGCAGGCGGUUCCAAGCUACCUGGCAGGACGUCACAGGUCGCAGCGGAGGAGGUAGCUCAGACCGUGGCUACGGAACAAACUAG